AUGGCACAAAGCAGGGCCCAACUGCCCGUCAUCCUGGGCACCAUGACCUUCGGCGAGAACAGUCGUAUCACCGACCCCGAAGAAUGCAAGCAACUCAUCGAAAUCUUUAAAUCCUACGGCCACACCGAACUCGACACCGCACGAAUGUACAAUUCUGGCACUUCAGAAAUAUACCUCGGAAAAAUCGGGACAGAGGGCCUAACUGUCGCCACAAAGCUCUAUCCAACCGCAAAGGCUGGUGUCGCCAACCCUACAGCCACAAAUCAUACCCCCGCCUGCAUCAAUAAGGAAGUCUCAAUCUCCUUAAAAUCUCUGAAUCUCCCAUCAAUAGACCUAUGGUACCUCCACGCCCCAGACCACACAACAGACAUCAGCAUCACCCUCCCCGCUGUAAACGACCUCUUCACGUCCGGUAAGAUCAAAAACCUAGGAAUUUCAAAUUACAAAUCCUGGGAAGUCGCUCGUAUUUGUGAAAUUUCAAAGGCGAGAGGGUAUCAACUUCCUAAAGUAUACCAAGGAGUCUACAACGUCAUUCAUCGGGAAGUAGAACCUGAAUUAUUCAGUGUUUUACGCCACUAUGAAAUCUCAUUUUAUGCUUAUAACCCAUUGGCCGGUGGAUUCUUCACCGCUACGGGUCCAAAGUCUGUCGAUGGGGACGUGGAAUCCGGCACGAGGUUUGAUAAUACCAAAAUACAGGGACAAAUGUAUAGGGCACGUUAUUGGAAGGAGUCUUAUUUCAAGGCCCGGAGCCUCAUUGAAGCAGUAGCGAAUAAACACGGUUUAACUUUGGUGGAGGUGGCGUUAAGGUGGAUCAAUCAUCAUAGUUUGAUGAAUAGAGAGAACGGGGAUAAGGUGAUCAUUGGAGCUAGUAGUGAAAACCACUUGAGAGAGAAUUGUGAGGAUUUGGAGAAGGGUCCUUUGCCAGAGGAGGUUGUGGAGGUUUGUGCAAAAGCUUGGGCGGUGGUGAAACCUGACUGUGAAACAUACUGGAGGUGA